GUGAGAUCAAAGAAUGAGGAAGUGCCAAAGCAAUCACAAAAAGGAAACACACAGUCUCACACGGUCAAACAGAUGCAGACUCUCACAGAAUCCACCUGAGAAUCUUAAGAAAGCUGCACUUCUCAUGUAUCGAUGGAUCCUUCACUGCUACUGAAUCUGCCUGCGAGUCAGCAGCAUCUAUCUGGAAUGGUGACUGAAAGCUGCUCUGAGAACUGCCUGAAGUUCAUCUGUGAGUUUAAGCCUGGGCCUGGGACACCACAGCCGUCUGGUGAUGAGGCGUACAGUGUUAAUACAGACUGUGAAUUAGUGUCAGUCAUCCUCCCAGCACAGUGCAGCGUCUACCAGCUCCGGCUUCGCAUCUGCAUGCAGGCACAAGAACAAAAUUGCCAUCCUGAGCCACUUGCAAUACUGGACCCAGAGAAAUACACACUGUUAUAUGCCAGGGGGGAAGACUGGUACGAGGCUUAUGAUGACUGUCAGGUUAUCAGGACGUUAGACAUCCCAUGGUCGUGUGAUGACACCGGGCGUCUUUCAGCGCACAUAGUGGUACAGCCACUAGUGGCAGUUGAUUCAGAGGAGAAGAAGAAGCAACAGCAGUGUCUGGCUUACCUGAUUGGACACAACCUGGAGAGUGAAGCGUCUGACAGACUUGGUGAGCUCACAUUUACACGCAGGAAACUGGCAUCUCCGAGAAGACAAGAGCUAAGGAAUCGGGAUGACAAGCUAUAUGCGACAGAGCCUUGGAUAACAUACGCCCCCAUUCCAAAUGACCUACAGGACCAGCUCAACAGAAAACUUCCUGUCACCCUCCAUUACAUGAGCAAGAUCAGCUUCAGCAUACAUGUUGACUUUAGUACGGUGCCAAGCGUUCUUCUGAAAGUUUGUAGAAAGGUCAUGGCAGACCAAAGGGUCGAUUAUGAUGCUUCGGAUGAGCUGGUUUUAAAAGUCUGUGGGAGGGAGGAGUUUUUAUCUGGAGACCACCCCCUCAGCAAUUUCCUGUGGGUUCGACAGUGCUUGAAAACCAAUCAAGACCUCCACCUCUCUGUGGUCCCUGUGUCGCAGGCUGUCAACGAAGCUGUCAAUUUUGUGGACUGGCCGCUCGUUGACGGUUCCAGCGGCCAGUUCAGCUCUCACGAUGAUCUCCGCCUUGAUGGAAAGGAUUUGGACAACAUUUUCAUGAUAUCCUUGUGGGACUGCAACAGAAAACUCAGAGUCAAACUGCUUGGCUUUGACAUUGCAAAACUGCCGAACAAAUGCCCUCAGUCUGUUUAUGUGAAAGCCUCAAUACUUUAUGGCAACAAGGUUCUGUCUUCAGUGACGUCCUCUCCCAAGGCCUUCGCAGAUGAAGUACUCUGGAAUGAGUGGCUGGAAUUCGACGUUCUGCUCAUGGAUCUACCACGUGGGGCAAAGCUAGGUCUCACUAUUAAUGCUUGUGGUGGUGGUGGUGAUGUCUCUCCAGUUACCAAAGAUCCUAAGGUCUCUUCAACCAAAGACUCAAAGUCACAGUCGUCUUCAGUCAGUAAAGCACCUGACCUGCAGAAAGGGAAGGGGAAGGUGCUCUACUUUGUCAAUCUUCUCCUCAUAGAUCACAGAUCCAUCCUCAGCCAGGGCCCCUACAGCCUGCACAUGUGGUCGUACCCUGACCUGGAAGAAGAGGCUAUAACCUACCAUGCGGAUAAGCUGUCCUCUGCUACUAACCCAGACACAGCUGACUCCAUGGCUAUCAGCUUCCUUCUGGACCGCUACAGUUUCCCGGUGGUUCUCCCAAACAGCUUUAGCUCUACUGAAUGCCCAGACAGUUCCACCUCCAGCCCCACUCCAACGAAAUCAGCUGAACUCUCAUCCUCACCUUACUCAUCCCUGACAAUCUUACCCAAUACAGAUUCUUUGAGCCCACUGACUGACAGAGUGAUUCUAAGAUCCCCAUCUCCAGUCACCGGCACCAACAGGGAUCGCCUCAAAAGGUUUCGGGAAGAGAGCAUCCGCUAUGCCACGAAUCUUCCCCAUUACCUACGCAAUAUUGAUUGGAUGAACCGAAGAGUGGUUGAGGAUGUUCACUGGUUACUCUCAAACUGGGAUCCUGGGGAACUUGAUGUAACAGUGGCCCUAGAGCUGUUAAGCAUGGACUUUGCUGAUGUGGUGGUGAGGAGAAUAGCAGUCCAGAGAUUGGAGAACCUGUCCAAUGAUGAUAUGUUGAAGUAUUUGCUGCAGUUGGUUCAGACACUGAAAGUGGAACCUUACCAUGACAGUUUUCUCGCUCGCUACCUCAUCCAAAGAGCUCUGCGGAGCAAGAAAAUCGGCCACUUCUUCUUCUGGUAUGUCCGCAGUGAGGUGGCAGGGUGUCCGUAUUUCCGCCAGCGCAUGGCUGUGAUACUGGAGGCUUACCUGCUGGGCUGUGGACAAGCCAUGCUUGACAGCUUUACCAAACAGGUCCAGGCUGUGGAGGCCCUUCAGGAGGUUGCUAUAGCGAUUAAAAACCUCUAUCCCGACAAGACUGAUCUCUCUCCAACAGCACCCCUCAAACUUCAAGAGUAUCUCAGAAUAUGUAAUCUGCCAAACGAGUUCCUGCUGCCCUUUGACCCACGUGUCAAAGCUGGAAUGAUCCUGCUGGACAAAUGCAAGGUGAUGGCCUCCAAGAAGAAGCCACUGUGGCUGGAGUUCUCCCCCAUGCCAUCGCCCACCUCACCUACACCCGUCGGAAUAAUAUUCAAACAGGGGGACGACCUCAGGCAGGAUAUGCUGGUCAUUCAGACACUGGUGGUGAUGGAUUCCAUCUGGCAGGAGAAGUCUCUGGACCUGAACCUCAUUCCAUACGGCUGCAUCUCCACAGGACACAACAUAGGUAUGAUUGAGAUCGUGAGGAAUGCAGCAACCAUUGCCGCAGUCCAGAGGAACCAUGGAGGAACAACUGGAGCCUUCAGAAACGAUGCUCUGUUUGAGUGGCUCAAGUCCAAAUGUCCACUCCAAGAAAUUCACUACAAGACUGUGGAGAAGUUUGUGAAGUCCUGUGCUGGUUACUGUGUGGCCACUUACGUGUUGGGUAUAGGAGAUCGACAUAAUGACAACAUCAUGAUCACAGACCAAGGGAACCUGUUUCACAUCGACUUCGGUCACAUCCUGGGCAACACGAAGCGCUUCCUUGGUGUGAACAGGGAGCGUGUACCAUUUGUCCUCACUCCUGACUUCUUGUAUGUCAUGGGCAGGGUCAAAGGGCACAAAAGCCUCUACUUUCAGCGGUUCAAGGACACUUGCACCCAAGCAUAUCUCUCCCUGCGCUCACACUCCCGUCUGCUCAUCACUCUUUUCCACCUCAUGCUUCUGACGGGCAUCCCGGAGCUGAGUGCUGCAGAGGACAUGCGCUACCUGCGGGAUGCGCUCCAGGAGGAACAGAGUGAGGCAGAGGCCAAGGAGCAUUUCCUCCAGCAAAUCUCUGUGUGUGAGAACCAGGGCUGGACUGUGCAGGCCAACUGGUGGAUCCACAUGGUGGCAGGCAUCAAGUAGACUGUUGGUGGUUUGAAGGCAGAUUCCUUGAAAGGUUCGCAUGUAUGCAACAUUUAGGUCAUUUGUACACAGGAUCGCCUCUUUAGAGAGUUCUCUGUCCUGAGAACUCCAUAAAAAAGAGCUUAUUAACU